CAUUUUAUUCUUUUUUUUUUUUUUUUUUUUUUUUCAUAUUAUUCACCCUCCUCUCGACGCUUUACAGUCCAGUCCAGUGGGUGGCGGUAAGUCACAUACGUUUGUUUGCCAACCACCAUUAAACCUCAGAGGAAGAAGAUUAGUUUUCAGCUUGUUCUAGUGUUAUGUUGUGCUACUGACUUAAUACAGUUAUAAAUGUACUUUUAGUCUAUAGAAAGAUUUUAAAGCGGAUCAAUAAAUUCAUGUAAUAUUCCAAUCCUCACAGACGUGACUAGAAGUUUUCAAACGAGCAGGAAUAAUAUCUCAAAUGGUGCAGCAACUGAACUUAGAGAUCUGUUGCUGUGAAGAUGGUGUUUGUUAAAGAGGAGAGUGAGGAGAACAUAAUUGAACCAGAACCCUGGAGAAUAAAACAUGAGGAACAAGGAGGCCUGAUAAAAGUUAAAGAAGAAAGACAAGAUCUGAAUGAAGUGGAGGAGGAACAUCAGAUUCAGAAAGCUCAUAAUGUCACCGUUGGAGAGAAAUUACUUAGUUGCUACAAAACUGAAAACAAUUACUCACAAAGCAGUGUUCAAAACACAGAAGUCAAAAAGCCUUUCUCCUGUUCUCAAUGUGAAAAAACUUUCAAACAGACAAGAAGCCUUAAGAAUCACAUGUUAAUUCAUGCUGGAAUAAAGCCGUUCACCUGCUCUCAGUGUGGAAAGAGUUUUAGACAGCGAGCACAUCUUAAUGAGCAUGAGCGUAGUCACACUUCAGAAAAGCCUUUCGCCUGCUCUCAGUGUGGAAAGAGUUUCAGACACAAAAGACGCCUUAAGAAUCACAUGUUUAUUCACACAGGAGUAAAGCCUUUCACCUGCUCUCAGUGUGGAAAGAGUUUUAUAUACAAACAACAACUUAAUGAACAUGUGUUAACUCACACUUCAGAAAAGCCUUUCGCCUGCUCUCAGUGUGGAAAGGGUUUCAGACACAAAAGAAGCCUUAAGUCUCAUAUGUUAAUUCACACAGGAGUAAAGCCUUUCACCUGCUCUCAGUGUGGAAAGUGUUUUAGACAUAAACAACAACUUAAUGAACAUGUGUUAACUCACACUUCAGAAAAGCCUUUCGCCUGCUCUCAGUGUGGAAACACUUUCACACGUAAAAGAAGCCUUAGGAAUCACAUGCUAAUUCAUGCUGGAAUAAAGCCUUUCGUCUGCUCCCAGUGUGGAAAAAGUUUUACACAGAUAGGACAACUUAAGCAACAUUUGGUAAUUCAUGCUUCAGAAAAGCCUUUCACCUGCCCUCAGUGUGGAAAAUCCUUCACACGUAAAGCAUCCUUUCAGGAUCAUGUGUUAAUUCAUACUGGGAAAAAGCCUUUCACCUGCUCUCAGUGUGGAAACUCUUAUGCAUUUAAAGCAAGCCUGAAUAAGCACAUGUUAAGUCAUGCUAAGAAAAAGCCUUUCACUUGCUCUCAGUGUGGAAACUCUUAUGCAUUUAAAGAAAGCUUGAAGAAGCACAUGUUAAGUCAUGCUGGAAUAAAGCCUUUCAGCUGCUCUCAGUGUGGAAAGAGUUUCACCCGUAAACCAGGAUUUAUUCUUCACAUGAGAAUUCACACUAAAGAGAUGGCUUUCGCAUGUCAUCUGUGUGGGAAGAGUUUUAAAUGGAAAACAAGUCUCAAAGCUCAUUUGGACCAUUCUCACUCUGAACCACAGGAAUUUAACUGUGAUCACUGCAGUAAGACAUUUGCUUUGCCAUCAUUACUGAAGAGUCACCAGAAAGUUCAUAAAAAAGAGGAGCCUUACAUCUGUCUUGUUUGUGGAAGGAGGUUUAAAAGGGUUGACUUUUUUAAAAGGCACCAGAAAACACACGAGAGCAUGAAAAACUCCUGUGCUGUGUAGGGAUAGACAUUAAGGUUUUAAUAAUGUCACUAUUUUAACCAAAGCUGCUUAUCAAUCCAGUUCUUUAACAGUGUUCUUAUUGGUUCUUUUUGUUGUUUAAAGGAUUAGUCCACUUUCAAAUAAAAAUUUCCUGAUAAUUUACUCACCCCCAUGUCAUCCAAGAUGUUCAUGUCUUUCUUUCUUCAGUCAAAAAGAAAUGAAGGUUUUUGAUAAACAUUCCAGGAUUAUUUUCCUUAUAGUGGACUUCAGUGGCUUCCAAAAGGUCAAAAUUAGUUUCUGUGCAGCUUCAAAGGGCUUUAAACAAUACCAGACGAGGAAUAAGGGUUUUAUCUAGCGAAGCGAUCAGUCAUUUUCUUAAAAAAAUACAACUUAAAUGCAUGAUCGCCUUGCUUCCGCCAUUCCGCCUUGCGUAUUCUUCAAAAAGCUUACGCUGUAUGUCCUACUUACGGAAAAAACGGAACUGGCACCGCGUUCGUUCCAUAAGUAGAAUAGGGAAGGCGUAGGACAUACAGCGUAAACUUUUUGAAGAAGGCGGAAGCACUUACAAAGGCAAUCAUUUGUGUUUAUAAAGCAUAUACAUUUGUAUUUUUUUUUUAGAAAAUGACCGAUCGUUUUGCUAGAUAAGACACUUAUUCCUCGUCGUUUAAAGCCCUUUGAAGCUGCACUGAAACUGUCAUUUUGACCUUCAACAGUGGAGUCCAUUGAAGUCCACUAUAAGGAGAAUAAUCCUGGAAUGUUUUCAUCAAAAACCUUCAUUUCUUUUCGACUGAAGAAAGAAGGACAUGGACAUCUUGGAUGACAUGAGGGUGAGUAUAUUAUCAGGAAAAUUUUAUCUGAAAGUGGACUAACCCUUUAACACUUUCCCUGCCAUUGACAGAAAUGUCAUUUAUGUGAAAGCACUUCCCGGCUUCUGACGGAAUUUCCAGCUUUCCGUGUUUUCACUGUUAUACGGUAGGGGCACUAUGGUAUUUACUACUGGCUUUUAACAUAAAAAAAAGCAAAGAACAGAAUGAAUAUUGCUUUAUAUUCUCAAAUGUAAAUUAAUUAUCUCUGGCAAAAGAAACAGAACAAAUCACCAUUUUACAAAUGAAUACAAAACACCUAUUUGUAAAUGUAUUUUUAGUUUUUUAGGAUUUAUAUUCAUGAGAUACAAUAAGAACAAAGUCCAAAAAAAAACAGGGGGGGUUGUUUAUUUGGUUUCUCUCUCUUUUGAGGAGUUCCUGUAUAAUUCAGUUGUUCAUUUUCUUUUCAUUUGUGUAGAUUAGUUAGAGGUUUUUCUCCCCAGGCAGAUAAUUUUUGUUUGUUAUUUUGGCCUUGCCCCCUUCGGAAGCUAUUGCUUCUGUUUUAAAUUGUUAUUGUUGAGUACCUUGAUUUUAUUUUGUUCCACAAGAUGUAAAUAAAAAUCUUGAAACCAA